CAAAGGAAUAAGAUCAUCACUUUAUAAACAAAAUCCCUCUCUUUGGCGCGACACAUAUUUCACUCCUCCAACGAACACGAACAACGCCAUUUUUGUCUGCCUUCCAUUGCCGAAAUAUCUCUGCUAUAGAUUUGUAUUUCCCUCUGGCUUUUCAUGGUCUCCCACAGUACAAGCUUAAACACCCAUGAACCCUGAGCUAACCCACAAUUUACACGAUCAAAUUACGAUCCUGACCCGCCCAAACAGUCAUGGGGAGAGACCGAAAUGACCCACAAACCAUAGAAGCAAAUCUCUCUCGCCGUGGCCUAAUUGUGGGGAACUACUGCCACGAUGUGCUGAGCCGAGACGGCGUCGUUAUGGGUGAGACUCUCGGUGGGGCCGUCUCCUUCAUCUCCGCGGUACUCGACGGGGUAUCCGUCUCGUACAAUCUGGUCUCCAAGGUUGGCCCGGACUUUGCCUAUACAACUAGUUGUAGCCCGAUUGUGAUACCCACUUCGAGAACCACUCUCUUCCACGCGCAUUUCGACUCGGAGGUCGAAGGGGACGGGCACCAGGACAGGAUCCUGAAACGGGGCGCCGCCUGCGACCCGAUUCGUCCGUCGGAUCUCCCCGAGACGAGGUUCGAUUUCGGGAUGGCGGUCGGUGUUGGCGGCGAGAUAUCGCCCGAGACGCUCGAGCGAAUGCUCGACAGUUGCAAUGUCGUGUUCGUGGAUAUCCAAACUCUGAUCCGAGAAUUCGACGGCGUAGACGGGACCGUGAGGCUUGUGGGGUUGAACGAGACUCGGUUCUUUCGGCUUUUACCGCGUAUUGGGUUUCUGAAGGCUUCGGCGGAGGAGGCUUUGUUUAUGGAUGUGGAGGAGGUGAGGAAGUGGUGCUGUGUGGUGGUGACGCAUGGGAAGGACGGGUGCACGGUGUAUUGGAAGGAUGGGGAAUUGGAAAUAGCGCCGUUUGUGACGAACCAGGUUGACCCGACGGGAGCUGGGGAUAGUUUUUUAGGUGGGUUUGUGGCGGGUCUGGUUCAUGGGUUGGCUGUGCCUGAUGCUGCAUUGGUUGGGAACUUGUUUGGAUCGCUCACUGUUGGGCAAAUUGGGCUGCCCAAGUUCGAUUCCAGGCUGUUGCAGAGAGUUAAGGAUGAGGUGCAGAGGAGGAAGAUGCAGUGCAUCAGCUGCAAUGAAAGACAGGAUGAUGAGCUGAGGUUCACGAAGCCAGCAGGGCAUGCACAGUUCCAUGCAUCCCUUGAUGCAGCCAAACUGACACCCGCCUGUGUGGUUCCUGAAUGUCCAUGGGAUCUUCCAAGCUCUCCUCCCAGACAAAUUCAAACAGUUGAGGGUAAACGCCCCAGUACAUCUCCUUUUUCUGUAUUAGAUGAUUGAGCUAGCAUAGAGAUCUCUUUCCAUGGAGGUUUUUGUUUGUUAGUUCUUCGCUUAGAAAUUCAUAAAUCACUCAAUAUGACAAGUUAAAGCAGUAAAUGCCUUGUAGCAAGAAAGCUUGUUAGUCUUGUGUAGGGCUCUAAUCUAGCCGUGUAUUCAAUGUUUUGAAUUUCGUUGGUUUAAUUUUGUUUUGAAUAA